AUGUCGUUCUGUCGGCACAGUAAGAGGCGGACGGCUGAGGGCGAGGGAGAUCUGGGUCCUUUCAAUCCCGGCUUGCCGGUGGAAGUGCCUGUCUGGCUGGCUGUCAGUCUGAAGCAGAGGCAGAAGUGUCGGCUGGUUCCUCCGGAGUGGAUGGACGUUGAAAAACUGGAGGAAAUCCGGGACCAGGAACGUAAGGAGGACACCUUCACGCCGAUGCCCAGUCCCUACUACAUGGAGCUCACAAAGCUGCUGCUGAACUACAACCCCAGAGGGCGGUGGGAAAAAAAACUGGAGGAAAUCCGGGACCAGGAACGUAAGGAGGACACCUUCACGCCGAUGCCCAGUCCCUACUACAUGGAGCUCACAAAGCUGCUGCUGAACUAUAACUUGGGGAUUGCGCUGGAUAACCUGACCUUGAUGGAGAUCAACACGACCGGGACUUUCCUCACUCAGGCCCUGGACCACAUGUACAAGCUCCGGACCAACCUGCAGCCUGGCGAGAGUGCCCACUCCCAGGACUUCUGA